UCAAGAGAAGAUUCAAGUUUUGAUAUUUUACGAAUGAGUGGGGAUCAUAAGUGAGUACAUUCAUAUUACGGGUUAUUAAAUAUUGUAUACUGUUAUUGACGUGUGAGGGUGCGUGGCCAUUAGGCGGGGAUCAUAUUUACUUCUUCAGACAAGUAGAUGAAUCAAGGUUUGUGUGGUUUUAUGAAAAUGAAUAAGAAGACAGUAAUGUAUUCACUUGGUGUGUUUAUAAUGGUUUUAACUGGACAUAUGAGGGUUAUUCAUGGACAAGAAAAUUGUGAAGUUCCAGGUUCCAGUAGUUCUAUAUGCAGUACAUUAGACCUACAAGACAGUAAAUUCAAUAUAUCUGGUUUGGAGCCUGGCCAACAGGUUGCCGGUUGUCUGUGUAUUCUAACGUUUAACGAUUCGUCCUAUGUUAGUGGACCAAUAACUAUCAAUGCCACAGCAAAUAUUCCAGCAGGGUGUCAACAUGAGGUAUUCUUUAUACAUAAUUCAACUACAAUGAGGUACAGCUGUAAGGUUUUUGAACUUAUCAAUACUUUUAAUGUUGCCGUCCAAGAUAACUUACAGAUGAUUCUAGUUUCUGGUGAAAGAGCACAUGGUGGAUUUCAAUUUUGUCUCACGAUUUCCACGGAACCAGAAUUAAAUAUGCACCUUGUUUGCAAUGAAACAAAUACAACUGGGAUGUUACCAUCAACUACUACCACGGAGAUUAUGCCAGAAACAACGGUGCCAAAUACAUCAACUACUACUACGGAGAUUAUGUCAGAUACAACGGUGUCAAAUACAUCAAACACUACUACAGAGAUUAUGUCAGAUACAACGGAGUCAAGUACAUCAACUACUACUACAACUACUACGGAGAUUAACCCAGAUACGGCUCGGUCAAAUAUAAAUGGAAUGACACCAUCAAUUACUACUACGAAGAGUAUACCAGAUACAGCGGUGCCAAAAUCAACACAGACGACGACUGAUCAAAACACAAACUUAACAUCUACAGAUGAAAAUGGUGAUAUUGUUAAAAGUAAAUUAGGUGUUAUUAUUGGUGGAUCUGUUGGAGGACUAGCUGUGAUAAUCGUCAUCAUUAUAAUAAUUGUGUGGGUAAGACGUAAACGGAGAAAAGACAAGACUAGUGGAGAUCAACACGCUGUUGUUAAUAAAGGCGGGACGAUGGCUAAUAACAAUAAACGUAAUGAACAAUUUAAAAUAGGGCCUACUGGAGAUCAAUACGCUGUUUUUAAUAAAGGGGGGAAGAUGGUCAAUAACAAUAAACGUAAUGAACAAUUUAAAAUAGGGCCUAGUGAUGCUAAAUACACUGUUGUCAGUAAAGGGGGAAGAAGAACAAUAGUGAAGAAAGGGAACAAUUUAAAAUAGGGCCUAGUGAUGAUAAAUACACUGUUGUCAGUAAAGGGGGAAGAAGAACAAUAGUGAAGAAAGGGAACAAUUUAAAAUAGGGCCUAGUGAUGCUAAAUACACUGUUGUCAAUAAAGAACAACAAUAGUGAAGAAAGGGAACAAUUUAAAAUAGGACCUAGUGGAGAUCAAUACGCUGUUUUUAAUAAAGAGAAGAACAAGAACUAUAAUGGUGAAGAUGGGUAGAUUUAAAGAUAGGACCCAGUUGAGAUCAGUACGCUGUGGUUAAAUAAUGGUGGAGGAAACACAAAUAAUUAACUCGCAGGUUGAUUUUUUAAACGUGUAAAAAUGAAGUUUAACGAAUGUCAUCUGUACCUAGUAAAAACGAGUAGGUAUUAUUAUACCCCUGUGAAAGUAACGUUGUGUAUAGUGAUGUCAAGUAUAUAUUUAUUUGUUCUAAUGAAAUAUAGAUUUUAUGUUUUACUUAUACCAAGUUUCUAACAUUUUAUUAAUUUAGUAUUUAUUUCAUUUUAUUAUUUAUAUAAAAGUAUAAAUCGAUGCAAGAGAAAUUAUACUGAAUUUCAAAAGAAGACACUAGAACCCCAGUGAGAUUCUUUGGGCAUGUCAAAAAUUACUUUCAUAAACCAAAUAUUUAAGAAUUUCUCUAUAAUGGGAUUUUUAACUAUUUAUUAUAACAUUUACAUCGUUCAUUUUGUAUGUUCUUAACAAUUGUACUAUUAUAACUGUCAAUUACAAUAUAUGUGGAGAGGGCAUCGGUAAGUUUUCGUAACUUUUGUCCCAGUCCGUUUGUACUUUAUUUAUGUUUUAGUACAAUAAACUAUGUUUAAACUAACUAAAAAAAUAACAUGGGUCAGUUAUGUGAUGACGUGUUGUGGUCUAGGGAUUAUUCUUCAAGGGUUACAAAUUCAUGCAACGUCAUUCAAACACGUCACUACGCCGUGAAACUUGUAUGUAUAUACUGUAUUGUUACGUGGUGUCCAGCUAAUCGAACAUCAUUUUAUAUUGUUGCUGUUGUUCAUAGUAUUUAACGUCCGCUUCCACCGAAAGCGGACUUUUAUUAUCUUAGCGCACGCACAGGAGUGUCCAGAAUAAACCCACAAGAUUGUGAAGGUGUCCCUAUCUCCGAGGCACAUACGCUUACACCAGGGAUCGAAACUACAACCAACCAGCAAGAGGUCGAAGCGCGACACUCUAGGCAACUCGGCCUUUUUAUAUUGAAUAUUGAGAUAUGGUUAUAAUUGCUAUGAACUAUAGUCCUAUAUCAUCAUUGUGUGAUAUGUCUGUCUUCAUUAAAAGUAGGAUGUUAAACAACAUUUCAUUUAUGUCUGUCAUGUCAUUUUAUAUUGUAUUGUAUUUUUACAUGUGCAUAUAUUACUGUUAAUUCAUAUUCUCAUAUUCCUGAAACAAUGGCGCGAGAAAUCCCUCACUGGUCAUUGCUGGAUUGACUUCUGAUACUUGAGCUUUCGAGGGAGACAGAACUUUCGAGUAACAUGACAGAACUUCUUUUAAUCUGGGGUCUUCCCUAAAACUUUGGACAGUGAUUUAUUAAAAACGGCGAAAGCAUUGUUCGUCUCCAAGUAGUAUUGUUUGCAUUGUAUGCCGUUUUCAAAGCCUUGUUUGUCACGCAAUUAGUUUUUUUCUGCAAUAUUUUGUGAUGCACUGGUUAAUUGGGAGAAAUAAAAUUCGCGAGUCAUGACGUGAAGUUAUAUAAACAUAUCUGGAGCUCUGUUUAAAGUCGAAUGAUAUUGUUACGCACGUAGGUAUUGGUUGUUAAUCGGACUAUUGACCAGUCAUAAAUUGGAACAAAAAUUUGCUUUCGUUACAGCAGUGUUUAAAAUACAGCGAGGAGUAUACUGUAAACUAUUCGCCUAUAUUAUGUACCUAACUAUUAUAUUUACCGUGUUCUUGUGUUGCUGUAUAUAAAGCUAUAUCUAUCA